UUGAAUAGUCGUGCUUCGAAAGUAAUAUUGAAGGUGUGUUAUAUUGCUUUUAUUAAUUUAUGUUAUCAUCUGAUCCUUCAUCAACAAAUAUUUCCUUUUUUGCAGUGGGAAAUCGUUGAAUCUAGUUUGAUGACAUCUGUGAUCGAACAACAACAACAAAACGCGACUUCGGGAGCAACUUCACCAAUCAAAUCGGCCGCCACAAUUCAACCAUCCGCGUUCAAUCAGAACAACGCGACUCCGAUUACAAACACGGUAUCACCAAAAGUUCGACUCGAUUCACUUGGAGCCGAUCAACCGCCGACGAAAAGAGCCAAAGUUUUUGAGCAAGAAAACGUGCUUUCUGGAGUUCAGGUUGGUUUUUAUGAAUAUUAGUUUAGCUCAAGUCUCAUUCCGAAUCUGAACGUUUUGCUUUUUAUUCUUCUAAUAAAAUAGAUUGAGAAAUCUUUCACGUAUUUAUUUUCUAAUACACGUCAUUCUUCACGUGCAGUAUUCAUUUUGAAAAAUUUUUGAGCAAUGUGUUGAUGAGUUUCGAGUUUCGGAAUUUCUUUCGCAUAUUUCGGUGUGAAAUAAGGUCAACAAUUAGAACUAUAGGAUUUCAACAUAAUCUUCUUUUUCUUUCUUUUCUCUCACACUCCCAACGUGAUCUUUUUUUUCUCGUAAGAUUUUAAUUGCUUAUUAUUUUCUGGUUAACAUGUUGCCCUUGGCAACUGUUAUAAUAUAUCAUUGUUAGAUUUUGUUACUAGUAUUUCUAGUCGUUUUUUAUUGAAUGAAUGUAUUCAGCUUAUAGGAAACAUUGUAUUUUAAUAAAGGUUUGUGAAGAUUUCGUAAUAACAACUUUAUGAAAACGAAAAAAACAAAUACACACAGUGUUUGCCUAUUUAAUGUCCAGUUGUUGAUCUUUUUUUCCAUUUCAUUCUGUUCUUUUUCCGUUCCCUCCCCUAGUAGCCAAACGAACACUCUCACUUCUUAUCACCUUUUUUCCCAACUAACUAAAAAUCAUCAUUUUUCAUUCAGGUGUUUUUUUCUUGUUGAAGUUUUGAAAUAUUUCCGAUUUUCCAGCAAUCCGACAAAAUCGAAGUUGAUCCACCAGUUGGAAACGGAACUAAUUCUCAACAACAACAAAACUCACAGAAGAAUAACGGAAACAAUAUGAGCGACGAGAAGAAUGGAGAUGUUUUGGACAAAAAUUUGUACUCGAGACAAAUGUGAGUGUUUUUUAAUGAUUUGAAAAAAAGCAAACUAGAAUUUAUUCUCGAAAAUUUUCAGUUACACUUUGGGAGAAUCGGCUAUGGUGAACUUGAGAACCGCUUCAGUCUUGAUUUCGGGACUUGGAUCAGUUGGUGUCGAAAUCGCCAAGAAUUUGAUUCUUGGAGGUAAUUUUUAUUUUUUUUCCUUUAUAAAAAAAUUACCAAAAUCAUUGCUUCAGGUGUUCGUCAUGUCACAAUUCAUGAUACCAAAACAACAGAAUGGUUGGAUUUAUCAGCUCAAUAUUAUUUGCGUGAAGAUGAUAUUGGAAAAAAUCGUGCUUCAGCUUGUUAUGAAAGAUUGGCUGAAUUGAAUGAUAGUGUAAAUGUUGAAGUAUCGAUUGAUGAUCUUUCUGAACAUCUUGUUCAACGCUUCGAUCUUGUUGUUCUAACUGAUACCAACAGAUCUGUCCAAAUCCAAGUUUCGAAAUGGACACGAGCCCAUUCUCGCCGACUUCUUGUUGCUGAUGCUCGAGGUGUUUUCUCGUAUAUUUUUAAUGAUUUUGGAGAGAAUUUCCGAAUUGAUGAUGGAACCGGUGAACAAGUUCGCGAAUUCUUUAUUGAACAUAUUGAUCGAGCAACCGGUGAAGUCACAACUUUGGAGAAUUUGUUCCAUGGUUUGGAAGAUGGAGAUUAUGUGACAUUCUCAGAAGUAAAAGGAUUGGAUGGAAUCAAUGGAAUUGAACCAAUCAAGAUUGUUGUCAAAAAUGCAUUCAAAUUCAAUAUUGGAAAAGUUGCUGAAAACUUCCCAGAUUAUAUUGAAGGAGGUCGUUGUAGACAAGUCAAAGUUCCACAUCAUGUAACCUACAAAACAUUCGAAGAAUCAUUCGCUGAUCCAGAAUUUGUUAUUUGGGAUUAUGCGAAAUUCGAUUAUCCACCACAAUUGCACGCAUUAUGGACUGCUUUGUAUUCUUUCGAAGAAAAAUAUGGAAGAAGACCAGCUCCAAGAAGCACAUCUGAUGCAGCACUUUUGAAACAAGAAUUGAAAGGAGAUGUUGAAAUUAGUGAGAACUUGAUUCAACUUUUUGCAUUCCAAGCAUCUGGUAAUUUGGUGACUGUUUCAUCGGUUGUUGGUGGAAUUGCUGCACAAGAAGCGAUGAAAGCUGUUACACAUCAUAUGACACCACUUAAACAAUGGAUGUAAGUUUUGUAUUUGGGAAAAAUAUAGGUUGAAUCAGAUUUUUGUUAAAAGUUUCUGAUCUAUAUAUAUAGAAAAACUGAUCGAUUCAAUUUUUGUUGCCUCUCAAACAUUUCUGAAACAUAACUUUUCAGGUACCUUGACCACGUGGAAGCUCUUCCUGGAGAUUGGACAUCAUUCGACAACGAAAAAUUGACCGAAGCUGAUUGUCAACCACGUCAAUCGAGAUAUGAUGGACAAGCUGCGAUUUUCGGAUGGCCAUACCAAGAAACACUCUUCAAACAACGUUGGUUUGUUGUCGGAGCUGGAGCAAUUGGAUGCGAAUUGUUGAAAAACAUGGCAAUGAUGGGAUUGGCUUGUGGAGAAGGUGGAUUGAUCAAAAUCACUGAUAUGGAUCAAAUUGAGAUUUCCAAUUUGAACAGACAAUUUUUGUUCAGAAAGAAGGAUGUUGGAGUGAGUUUUUUGCACUAAAAGUUUUAGCUCAUAAAUGAAUGUUUUGCAGAUGAAAAAAUCGGAAUGUGCUGCACGUGCUGUGACUUCUUUCAAUUCAGAUGUUCGAAUUCAAUCAUUGGCUGAAAGAGUUGGAGCAGAUACUGAGAAUAUUUUCACAGAUGAAUUUUUCGAUGAAUUGAAUGGUGUUGCAAAUGCACUCGAUAAUGUUGAUGCUCGUCGUUAUAUGGAUCGUCGUUGUGUUUAUUAUCGUCUUCCACUUCUCGAAUCAGGAACAAUGGGAACAAAAGGAAAUACUCAAGUUGUUUAUCCAUAUCUCACUGAAUCCUACAGUUCUUCUGUUGAUCCACCAGAGAAAGAGAUUCCAGUUUGUACAUUGAAGAAUUUCCCGAAUGAAAUUCAACAUACAAUUACAUGGGCAAGAGAACAAUUCGAAACAUUCUUUGCUCAACCAGGAGAAGUUGCCAACAAAUUCUUGCAAGAUGAAAGACAAUUCAAUGAACAUGUUGAGAAAUUGGCAAUUGGACAAAGAAUUCAAAUUUUGGAACAAGUCAAAGAUGCAUUGAUUGAUGGAAGACCAUCGAAUGCUGAAGAUUGUAUCAAAUGGGCGAGACAACAAUUCCAAGAAUUGUAUCAUAAUAAUAUUGCACAAAUGUUGCAUUCCUUCCCACCAGAACAAUUGACUGAUCAAGGUGCCAAAUUUUGGUCUGGAGCUAAAAGAUGUCCACAUGUUUUGAAUUUUGAUCCAUCAAAAGAUGAGCAUUUCAAUUUUGUGUAUGCUGCAUCGAUUUUGAGAGCUGAAAUGUAUGGAAUUCAACCAAUUUUGGAACGCGAAGAAGUUAUUCGAGUAAGUUUCAGCAAAAAUUGAUUUUUUUUACAAAAUCAAAAAAAGUGCUGAAAAUGUAAUCUUUGAAAGAAAGUCUCAAUAUUCUAAAAAUUCACUCAAAUCAAAUCUUUUUUCUCCAGGUUGCUCUCUCUGUCACUCCUGAACCAUUCAAACCAAAAGUCGGUGUCAAAAUUGCUGUCACUGAAGCUGAAGCAAAAGAACAAGCUGAAAGUGGACUCGGAGAUGAUGAUGCAGUUGUUGAAGCAUUGAAAUUGAAAUUGGCUCGAUUGAAUGUGAAAACACUUCAAAAAUUGAAUUGCAUCGAUUUUGAAAAAGAUGACGAUUCAAAUCAUCACAUGGAAUUCAUUACUGGAGCCUCGAAUUUGAGAGCUGAAAAUUAUGAUAUUCAACCAGCUGAUCGAAUGAAAACCAAACAAAUUGCUGGAAAAAUUAUUCCAGCUAUUGCAACAACAACUGCAGCUGUUGCUGGUUUGGUUUGCGUUGAAUUGUAUAAGGUUGGUUUUUUAUUUUUAUUUUUUGAUUUAUAGAAUCUAAAAAUCAAUAUUCUAGGUCAUUGAUGCGUCUGGAAUUCCAAAAGUUCCACUUGAUCGCUUCAAGAAUACUUUCAUCAAUCUGUCCUUGUCAUUCUUCUCAUCUGCUGAACCAAUUGCUGCACCCAAGAAGAAAUAUCUUGAAAAAGAAUUCACACUUUGGGAUCGAAUUGAUAUCACUGGACCACUAACAAUGGAGAAAUUCAUCGAGGAUCUUCAAAGACAAACUGGUUGCGAACUAUCGAUGUUGUCUGCCGGAGCAUGUUUGCUCUAUUCGUUCUUCAUGCCACCAGCAAAGAGAACCACAAGAUUGGCUACUGGGUGAGUUGAAGUUACGGAGAUUUUUUUCAAAUUUUUAAAUCGAAAAAUCGUAUUUGUUUUAAUUUUCGAAUUGAAAGUUUAAAAAUUUAUCUUGAAGUUUUAUUAUUAUUUUCACAAUUUUUUUCUCAUUUAUGUGAGAUGAAAUUUAAAUUUAUUCUGGAGAAAAUUAAUUUAUCGUCAAAAAAAAAUUUUUUUCAGAGUUCGUGAAGUUUUCGAAGAAUUAUCGAAAAAGAAACUGGAUGAUACUGUCCGAUACAUUGUUCUCGAACCAAUGAUGAAUGAUCCAAACGACGAAGAUGUCGAAGUCCCAUAUAUUCGUUAUGCUUUGUAA